AUGAAUCCUCACAAAACCGAAGAAGAUCUGUUCCACCAUCAUGAUCUCGGCCCGACGGACACUAUCGUUCAGUCACAACCAUCUAUUCACCUCCACAAUCCCGAAGACGAUCCCGCGUUUUCCGUACCGGAAUUUGUCCUCUUCCGUUCCUCUACAUCCGGAGAAUCCCCGGGUCACUCCUCCGACGAACAAGACGAUGCGUCUCAUCCCCGUGCCGGAACCCCCAAAAUUGCUGCUUCGUCAAACCCUAGGGUUUCGAGUGAAGGAAGAUGUGAGACUUUUAUCAGCCCCGAUCCUCAUAUCUCAUCUCAGUUCUACACAUUCAACGCAGAUUCCCACUCUCUAAUGAUCCGCUGCCUCCGCGAGGGCCGUCUCGCUACGCCGGCGGAGAUCCGUAUCGUCACGCCAAGGUCCGUCCUCAACUCAUGGCGCUCCGUCUGGAAGGAUCGAAACGAGGACACGGCGUACCUCACGGCCUGGAAACGGAUCCAGGACAAGCUCACUGCACGCCUCGACCCAGCCUCCGGUAACGAAUUUCUCUGCUUUAAAAACAAUCCCCAGCAAUUCAUCUCCCACAUCAACCAGUGGCAAGAUAUAGUCAUGGGUUUCCACGGUGAUGGCGAUUUGAAGCACCUAGGGGCUAAAGAGACUGUGGAGAGGAUCAAGCAAGUCUGGACGGUGGGUGCUAAGCUGUAUGGAAUUCCCGAGAGCUUUAUUAGGGUUUGUGUAGCGGCAUGCGCUAUCUGCAAUGAUGUCUCUGCUUCUGGUUCGAGGAACAAACGGCGUCGAUUUGAGUAUACAGAGUCUUUUGAUGUGCCUGCCAAGGAUGUUCCCGAUAGGCUGCAGCAAUUGGCUGCUAAGCAUAAGGUUGUGCUCUGCAUUAGGCAGAAGUAUAUUAGGUACAAGCCAUUCAUGGCAGAGGUGAAAGAUUAUGCUUGUCACAGAGCUGGAGAGCCUGCCUCAAUUAAGAAGUCUAGGAUUUUGAAGAGGGAGUCUUAUCAAUCAAAGAGAUGCGGCUGUGGUUUUAGGAUUAGAGCUAUUGUGCCCAUUGCUAACUACAAUGAAAAGGACAAAACUUUUGUAUAUGAGGAAGAAGGAACGGCUGUUUUUAAGCUAUACGCUGUCCAUUCAGGUCAUGAGCCCGGGGCAAUGGAUGGAAAUGCGAGAAUUAUGCAUCGGAUUGUUGGUCAUAAGGGUUUUUUGAUGGACCAGGAUACAGUCUAUGGAGUGAGGGAAGAGUUAGAAAGUGAAGGGACUGGGUUGAUUGGGAAGGACGAUGGUGGAGAUAUGCAUUUUACUGUCUUGCAUCAGGUGCAGGAACUAAGGGGUGAACUUGGCACUCUAGAAGCAAAGAUUGGGAAGAUUCCACAAGAGAUGUUGGGUUCAGUGUCCAGAGAGUUGUUUGAGAUGCUCAACAAGAUGAGGAGUAUCGGUGAUGAGUGUGUUAAGGGAACAGCGGGCUUGCUUUCGGACAAGGCUCCCUCAGAUGAAAUACUUGUUGGAGAUAACGAUUUGGCACAUUGGAGUGGCCAUCACCAUGAGCAUUUAUAUGGAGAUGGAAAGGACGCAGAACUUAUUGAAGAUGAUGAGGACAGUUUCGGGAGGAGCCUUGAUGAUGUUGUUCCUUGGGAACAGAUAACUCCACCGUCAGGGUGUGGAAGUCCAAAGGAUCACCUGUCUGAGACCUGUAAGCCUGAGAAAUGGUUAAAGUGCAAUGACUUUGAUGAGAAGAGCAUUCUGAAUUGUGAAGAUUCUAAAUUAACAAAACCGAUGAGACACAACGAAGGUAUAGUAACAGAUGUAGGCUUAGUUGGUAUACAAGUCGAUAGCUUCUAUCAAGAAAACUCCAAAUGGUAUGAUUCUCCUUGUGGUUUGGAUUCAAACACGGACUGUGAAGACAAUGGAUUCAGACACGGGGAGAUUUUGUAG